AUGAGAAUUCAUCAAUUCAAUUUGUUGCGCUCUCGAGGAAAUUGAAAUUAUCCUACAUUUUAUAAAAGUAGUAACGUUUAGGUGCAUUCGAUUAAAUUUAAUAAAAUAUCUUUAAAAAGUUAGUUCUGUGAAGGUUACAGUGUUCACUAUAAUUCAUGAUAAAUUAGUGCGGCCCGGAAAACAAGAUGGCUGCUUACCGGCAUAUGUUGGUUAGUGCGGCUUUAGUGCUGUUGGUAUCAACGUACGUGACUGCUAAGGACGAGGAUGCUGAUGAAGGAAUAACUGUUGAGACAAUCGAAGAAGAAGAAGACUAUCAAAGUCCACAAGUAGAUCCUAAAAGAGUGUUCCUAAGCGAACAUUUUGACGAUGAGGCAGCCUUCAAGAAGAAAUGGAUCAAAUCGGAGGCCAAGAAACAGGGUGUGGAUGAAAACAUUGCCAAAUACGAUGGAAAAUGGGAGAUCCAAACCCCAGCGAGGCGUAUCCUCAAGAACGAUCUGGGUCUAGUACUGACUACAGAAGCAAAGCAUGCGGCCAUCUCUGCCCUACUGGAUCGGCCAUUCGAAUUCAAGGACAAACCACUUGUGGUGCAAUAUGAAGUUACUAUGCAGGAAGGCCAAAACUGCGGUGGCGCGUACAUCAAGCUGCUGUCGAAGGGCGUUAACACGAAGGCAGACCUUCGCCAGUUCCACGACCAGACGCCCUACACCAUCAUGUUCGGUCCCGACAAGUGCGGCAACGACAACAAGCUGCACUUCAUCUUCCGCCACAAGAACCCUAAGAACGGCACCAUAGAGGAGAAGCACGCCAAGAAACCCACUCAGCGUCUCGACGACAUCUACAAGGACAAAGAGCCGCACCUAUACACGCUAGUGGUCCGCCCGGACAAUACCUUCACCAUACUGGUGGACAACAAGGAGGCUAACUCCGGCUCCCUGCUCGAGGACUUCACGCCGCCCAUAAACCCGCCGAAGGAGAUCGAGGACCCCGACGACAAGAAACCCAACGACUGGGACGAGAGAGAAAAGAUUGUGGAUCCCACAGCCAGUAAACCUGAUGAUUGGGACGAGAAGGAACCCGCCCAGAUCAUCGACCCCAACGCAGUCAAACCCGACGGUUGGCUCGACAAUGAACCCGAUAUGAUACCAGACCCGGAAGCGACGAAGCCAGAGGACUGGGAUGAGGAGAUGGACGGCGUGUGGGAAGCGCCGCUGGUUGACAACCCGCUGUGCACCGCCGCACCCGGUUGCGGGGAGUGGAAACCACCCACCAUCCCCAAUCCCAGUUACAAGGGUAUAUGGCGCGCGCCUCUCAUCCCCAACCCCAACUAUAAAGGCAAGUGGUCACCGCGCCUCAUCCCCAACCCUCACUACUUCAACGAUGAGCAUCCGUUCCGCAUGACGCCCAUUCACGCGGUCGGGUUCGAGCUGUGGUCGAUGUCGCCGCAGCUACUGUUCGACAACCUCAUUAUCACGGAUGAAGUUGCGGUCGCGGAGCACUGGGCACUCCAGAGCUACGCCCUUAAGCGCGCCAAGAUCAACAGCGACGCGGAGUCGGCGGUGGAGAGGAUGCUGAAAUAUGCGGGAGAGAACCCGUGGGUCUACGCCGUAGUGAUCAUCGGCUCCUUCAUAUUCGUCGGCCUGAUCGCUUACCUGUGCUGUGGCCCUAGUACAGUGGCUGACACUGACGCGGAGGUGAAAAAGACUGACGCGUUAGUGGACGACGACCCGCACCAGUCGGAGGGGGAGGGGGAGGCGGAGUUGGAAGGGGAGGGGGGUGACGACGAGCAGGACAAGCCCAGCAAGGCGGACCUGGAGGGGCCCGAGCAGGCCGCCGAUAGCACUGACACGACUCCGCUCGUGGACACGGAGGGCGCUGGCGACGGGCAGCGAAAACGGAAGCCGCGCAAGGAGUAAAAGAGAGACGGCGAUGCGUAUUACAAUUGUUUUCGUUUAGCUGCUAGAGCGAGAGGGAGAAUGCGUGGUGACGGAUAGACAAAUCUUCUCAUUUAUUUUACAUUGCAUUGUAUAAUUAUCUUCUUUUACAACCUGUUUAUGUAUAGGACAGUGCGAUGACAGUAAAGGUGCAUAGAUACUUGUAAAUCUCAUCUCAUUACCGGCCCACUAUGGGUCUCCUGUCAGAAUGAGAAGGCCAUAAUAUACCAAACUGGCGAAGUGCAGAUUGGUCGACUUCACACGCCUUUGUGGCAUACCGGUUUCUCUGUUUUCCUUCUCAGUUAAAGCAAGUGAUAUUUUAAUUAUUAAUUAAAUGCGCACAUAACUCUGAAAGUUGCGUGUCGUUACUUUACGCCAUGACUAAGCAACCAAUCUACCUGAUUUUUGGCAUUUGACUUUGACAUGAAGCCCUCCUUCAAAGUCAAAUGCCAAAAAUAACAUAGGCUUCUAUGUAGCUCAGGAUAACAAACGAUUUUGUGAAAAAACGUUAUAAUUGCGGGCAACAGCUAGUCGGGAAAUAAAAUUAACUGGUUGUGAGCGGUUUUCUUGAGUGAACAUUGACUGGGUUCGUUGACCGCUGGUUCGAUAUCGCUCUAGGUUUAGUGGGUUGCGUGGGCAGUUUAGGGUAUCAUUGAUUCAGGCUUCGUGUCUAUGUUAGACGAUUCAAACAUUGUCUCGGACGAUACUGAUCCGCCUCUUCGCAUUCCUUAACUUUUUAUAACGUUAUUAAUCAAAGACAGAUAGUUAUUAUUACUUACUUUCGGCUAAGAAGUUGUGAUAGCUCCAGUGGGUAGGGCUUCCGGACCCGGCACGCAACUCGAAAUUUUUAAGGAGUUAUGUGCGUUUUUAAUUUAAGAAAUUAAAAUAUCACAUGCUUUAAUGUCGAAGGAAAA